CUUUGACCUGGGGGCGGCAAGGCGGGCAUUCAAUCGCAUGUCGCAGCUGAACUGAAGCCAGUGCCCGAACCAUCUGAGCCAAAGCCUUCCCCUGCUUCACUUCCAAGAGCAAUCCUCCCGCAAUCCUUCUAUCCUCUCAGUCACCGUCGUUGCGCCAGCAAGUCAUCUAGAACCGCUCGACGGCAUCUCUGCGCUACCACUUUGCGCAUACUCCCGAGUCUCCUGUCCUGCCCCUCUACGAGCUCACAUCCCUCCCAUCACCACUGCUACACUACCGAGACCAUACGCUCUACCUUUUCCAACCUUCACUAUUGGCGGCGAAUCUUACCUGCUCUCAAAGAUCAGAACUCAGGUUUCAGAUAACCCUCCUUCCCUCCUGUCCAACCCAGUCUCGAUUCCGCCAACAUGCCCAAUAGAGGGCCGACCUUGAUCAAUUUGCCUCCUCCUCCCUCCGACCCGGCCACACCCAGUGAAAUGGGUCCUGGCACCCCCAACUCUACAACCACGUCUCUCUCUGCAUUGUCUGUUGUAGCGAUCAAAGAUGGAUCAAUGGGCCACGGAGGACGAGGAGCAACCGCAUCUGCCAAUACACUAGAAGCAGAACGAGCCGACCGUAUUUCGCGUCUUGCGGGUUUGGAAAGAGUCGCUGGCUCACGGCCCACAGCCUUUGGUCAUCUGGCCCCGGGAUCUGGUGCCUUUUAUGGCCAGGGCUUUGACAAUGUCCCGCAGUUCAAAGAGCGAAGCACCGUCGGUAGCGCAAGUGCAACAGGUAGUGUCGGCGGCAGAACAACCUGGGCUAGUGGGAGUGUUGACUACGACGCAGACAAGAUGAGCGAAGACCAGGAUGACGGCGUAUCGAGCACCGGCGGCUUCUCUGACGAGGACAAAGCGAGUCUGGUUGGAUUUGGCGAGGGCGCAGGAAGUACAGUCAGCGGUCCAGUGUCUACUCCUUACAAUACUCGCGCAUCCGUGUCCCGAACAAGCACGAAUGUCAAUGCACCAUCAACGCCUCGAACCGGCACAAUGCCUGGAUCUGGAUCUGGACAGAGCACACCGAUGAGUGGGAUUACUCCUGGCGCCGCUGCUGGAAGCACGGAUCCCAAGAUGAUGGAUGGAAUGAGCUACGAUCAAGAUGUUGUCGACACCACAAUGCAGCCCGCCCCACCAAUCGACCAGACUGCUGAGGGAUACCGGUUCUCAGGAUUUGGCACUGAAGUCGCAGAAGGCAUCAUGCAGGACAGACUCAACAAUGGGGGUCGGCCUCAACCGCCGAUGGGGAGCGGAGACGGUCAGACGCUGGGAAAGUUUCCGUUCGAGAGGGAAUAGAUUGCGAAUAUUCUCGUUACACGAUGCUAUAGACGGGACGGGAUCGAUGGCCUUACCCGUGGUGUUCUGCCGGCGAAUCCUUUUUGAAAGAACGGGUUCUUGAUGGGAUGUACGAUAUUAUGGCACGGAUAAUGGUGGUAGCUUACUCAUUUCAUCGACGACCGAAUGAUUAUGUGCCAGGCGUAUCGAAGAAAUCCUCCAAGGGCUCACGUUUGGUGGAGAGGAAGACAGGCAACAGCGAGCUCUUGCUUGUAUUGUAUGAUUAGUUAGAGUAAGGUGCCCCAGUUCUAUCAUGGCUCCUCUUGUACGAAUGUGCCAUGAACAGCCCAAACCGAUA